AUGAAGCACGCACUCAUAAUCCGCAACGUCUCGAGCCAUGAUGUACCUCUCGACAAUCUCGAUGAUGCAUGUGUCCAAGCUUGUAAUCGCGAAGGAUUUGUCACCAAACUAGCAGUAAAUGACGAACAUGAUGUCAUGCAUCAUCUUACACAAACGCACACACGAUCCAUCACCAAUAAUGACCGACGCUUCUAUCAGCAGACACCAUCCGCACGCGCCCCCUUUGAUGUCGUGCUUUUUCGCGCCUCAGGACUUUCAGAACGUCGUUUGUAUUCACUUUUACAAACAAUUCGUAAUAAUAGCAAGCAGAUUUUUCUCUGCGUCUUUAGUCCACAGCUGGCCGAGCAUCCUAUGGCUCGUUAUCAAUGUUUCCAGGAAGGAGCUUCCAUGGUCACGGAAUCACUAGACGCUGUUCGAGAUGUACUUGCCUUUAUCGCAUCGUGUGGACAGGAGAAUGGCAAUAACUAUCAUUUAAGAAGAAAAUCUAGAGGCAGAUCUGGGGGACGUGACGGCUUUACGUGUCCUUUCUGCAACAUGAACGAUAUGAAUGAAGAUCAAUUGUGGAGACAUUGUCCUUUAUAUCAUAUUAAUGAAAAGAAUACGGACGGAAUUAAUUGUCCAAUCUGUCGUGAAACGCCACGAGGACCAUUUCAAGUGCAUAUGUACAAUGCACACGGACCACCUGGACGACACGAAAUGACAAGCGAGUUUCACAUGGCCGACUCGACGCUAUAUUCGUUUGCACUCGUGGUGUGUCACAAUAAAAAAUACAAUCGUUUUCUACUCGUGCAAGAAUUCGCCAACUCUGGCUAUUGGUUGCCAGGUGGACGAAUUGAUAGUGGUGAGAACCCAGCAGAAGCUGCGAUUCGAGAAACGAAAGAAGAAGCAGGAAUUGAUAUUUGUCUCACGGGAGUGUUAAAGCUCGAGUACCAUCCGAAACAAGACCGUAACGGGAGCGAGUAUGUUCGAAUGCGCUUCAUAUUUUACGCUGAGCCGUUAGAUUGUGACCAACCCCCUAAAUCGAUUCCAGACUAUGAAAGUGCUGGUGCCACUUGGUGUCAGGCUGAUCAAGUGGCUUCAUUGCCGCUCCGUGGAAAUGAACCAAUUAAGUAUUUUGACCACAUCGUCUCGGGCAAGCCGGUCUAUCCGCUUGAUCUCAUUUACAUGACUUCUUCGUCUUAA